GAAAGGUAGUCAGGGCGCUCAUAUGGAAGUGUGCCACUGUAUUUGGGAAAUGCAUGAGCAGGAAUCUUGCACUAGGAAACAGACGCUGGAUCUCCAGUGGCGCGUGAGGACGAUUAAAACCGGCAAGCUAUAAUUUAAAACACUGUUUACUUCAUAAGGACCUAUUUUAAACACUUUACCGGUGGCAUUCGCGUACAUCUUCCGAGGGAGAGCUAGAUUGGAUGCAAUUAAGUGACGUGUCACCACUGAUAUUUUAUGAAACCAAAAAGAAAACAACAUUUCGAAUAUGUUUAGCGCAUUUUCCGGAUUGUUUCAUUUUAUUUGAUAUCUUUGAGAAAGCAACGCACACUUUACUACAGACGAGCAAGGCGCGAACUGGCCACCUAGAACAGUUUUGUGGAAUUUAUGGUGAAAUUUCCAUAUUGACAUCACCAUUUGGAUGGACUACUGUUUGGAUUUUUCUACGAUUAGACCUGCUUUGGCAGUCGAGAUGGGUUAUUUGACGGCACUGUUACAAAUAGUUGCUGCGGUCCAGUUGAGCCUUUUACCUGCACAGAGUUCUUCCUUAGUAAACGUAAACAACACUGCUAAAGUGAUGCUGUUUCAAGAGGUUUGGGGGAAAAGCUUCUGCCGCACUAUAGAGAAGCUAGUGGAAGUGGUUCAGGAGUACCCUGGGGAGGUGGAGCACAUUUUCAGCCCCGCCUGCGUGCCAUUGGUCCGCUGCGCUGGUUGCUGUGGAGAUGAGAAUCUGGAGUGUCACCCUACACUUACUUCUAACACCACCAUGCAAUUAUUAAAGAUUAAGCCAGCGGAGCAGGGCCAGGAAUAUGUGGAGAUGACCUUUGUGGAGCACAAAGCCUGUGAAUGUAGACAAAGAAAGCCUACAAAGAAACAAGACAGAUUGAAACCCAGAAACAGGGGGAGAAAAAGGAAGGAGAAAAAGAGAGUGAAAGAUUGUGACACGUGUCAGCCUCCCCGUAGGUAAAUGCUGUCUCCCCGUGAUGCCAGCCAAUCGCGUGCAUCUGCCCCCUUCUGUGCAACCCUCACCAUCAUCAUCAUUCACUUACGGACACUGCCACUGCUCUGCACCCCAUCAUCCCUGAUGCAGAGUUGUUAUGGUGACGGGGCUUCUGUCAGCACACGGGGGGCCUUCCAGUCAUCUAUACAGGAAACUCCUGUUGUGAAGCUC